AUGGCGAGUGCGAUGCGAGCGAGUUUGAUGCGCGCGGCGGCGCUGCAGCUGCGGCGCCAGACCCCGCAGACAGCGGCUGCGAUGCGCGCCACCUCCUACCCCCAGUCGGCGGUGGCGCAGACGCAGCUGCGCUCCAUGAGCGUGUUCUCCAACAUCAAGAAGACGGUGUCGGGCAAGCUGGAGGAGCGCAACCAGCUCAAGCAGGGCGAGGCGUACAAGCAGCAGAUGAUCGAGCUCUCGCAGAAGGAAAAGUUCGACCUGAACGGCUUCUACGACCACCUGAAGAGACUCAUGUGGUGGUGCUGUGGUGCUUUUGUUUCGGUGGUGUCCGUUGAUGUGCUAGAAAAACGCCGAUGCGAGCGGCGCCACUGGCUGGCGAUCCAUGAUCCCCGGCGUGUCGACCAUGCAGAUGAAGGCGUUCAUGGCCAUCCUGGAGUCGAUGGAGGCAUGUUGAUGAUGAUAGAGCAGAUUGAUUUUUGGGUGUCGUCGGUGCUGACUGGAGUUGGUUGCCUUGUUCUUGCUCUGCAGCCCGAGUACCGUGAUAACCCGCGCCUCAUCAACGGCAAGGUCAAGAGGAAGAUCUCCGAGAAGGCGGGCCACGUACGUCAUACCGUUAUUGCUGUCGAGUACUGGUGUUCCGUGUGCGGGGAUCUAAUGUUCUUCUCUGCUGUAAACGUUGUGCUGCAGUCGCCGGAGGAGAUCAACAACAUGCUGCGCAACUACGAGCAGUUGUCUGCCCUCCACAUCUGGCUCGUGAAGCGCGUGGAGCGCGGCCUCCGCAUCCCGGAGACGCUGGACGAGACAACUGAGCUUGUGCGUCAGGACCCGACGGGUUUCCCCGCCAAGAAGUUCAGGAUGAAGCAGCGUCGCUACUAG